AUUUUAUGCCAGCUAAAAAAAUUGUUAAAAUCCAACCUUACUUGCCUUUACCUUUACUUCUACUCAAACACUACAUAAAACCCACCAUCAUGAUUGUCUUGCGCCAUCUCCAACUCUUUUUCCCCCCCUGCAACCUACGUCCAGGCUCCCAAGAUGUCCCUGGCGGCUCCUGUAGCAAUCAUGAAAUAUUACAGAGGAAAGCUGCCUAUGUCUGUUAUCACUCUGGUGGUCUGCUGCUUCUUGUUCUUCGCUCUAUUGUAUACAGAAAGAAUCAGUUCUUUGUCAUCCGGUUCUGUUUUCAAGUCCAAGUCCUGUGCUAGAAAAACCGCCAAAAAACCAAUUCAGAAAACUGCAGAGGAAAUGGAAAAUCCGGAUAUUGAUGAUAGGUUCGAAUUUGACCCGAAAGAGUGCAAUGUAGCCAAAGGGAAAUGGGUGUUUAAUCGUUCUAUUAAGCCUUUAUACACGGACAGAAGUUGUCCCUACAUCGAUUUGCAAUUUUCUUGUGUCAAAAACGGUCGGCCAGAUUCCGACUACCGCCAUUGGGAAUGGCGUCCGGAUGAAUGCACCUUGCCCAGGUUCAAUCCAAAACUGGCCUUGAAGAAACUGAGAGGGAAGAGGUUGCUUUUCGUCGGUGAUUCGCUGCAGAGAGGGCAAUGGGAAUCCUUGGUCUGCAUGGUUGAAUGGCUUAUACCCAAAGAUCAGAAGUCCAUGAAACGGGGCCAUCGGUAUCAUGUCUUUAAAGCCAAGGAAUAUAAUGCAACGAUUGAAUUUUUCUGGGCUCCGUUUAUUGUAGAAUCAAAUACGGAUGGCGACUUUCUGGAUCCAGAUGAUAGAAUUAUCAAAGUUGAUUCGGUUGAAAAGCAAGCAAAACUUUGGGGAGGAGUGGAUUUUCUCGUGUUCAAUACCUAUAUUUGGUGGAUGACUGGCCCCAGGCACAAGACUUUAUGGGGAUCGUUUGCAAAUGGACCAGAAGGGUAUGAAGUACUAGACGCACCGGUGGCAUACAGACUUAGUUUGAAGACAUGGGCUAACUGGGUGGAUUCCAAUGUAAACCCGAACAAGACGCGGAUCUUCUUCGUUACCAUGUCUCCAACACACUCAAGGAGUGCAGACUGGGGGAAUAUAAACGGAACUAAGUGCUUCAAUGAGACAUGGCCGGUGACGACGAAGAAGUUCCGGGGAUUCGGUUCCAACAACGAGAUGAUGAGCGUGGUGGCCAGUGUGGUGGAGAGGAUGAAAGUUCCGGUGACGGUCGUCAAUGUCACACAGAUCUCGGAGUACAGAAUUGACGCGCAUGCCUCGGUUUAUACUGAGACUGGAGGAAAAUUGUUAACGGAGGAGCAAAGGGCGGAUCCUAAGAAUGCAGAUUGCAUACACUGGUGCUUGCCAGGUGUGCCGGAUACUUGGAAUCAGAUCCUUCUGGCUUCUUUGUAAAUGGAAUUUUGCUUGAUACCUCCACAAACUGUUUUUUUUAUCAAAGUUAUUUCAUUUAUAUGUGCAAGAUGAUGAUGGAGUGGAAUUAGAAUUUUAAUUCAAUUGCAAACAAUGAAAUGUUUAUCCAACA